AUGAAAACAUUAUUUUGGAACUGUCGCGGGCUUGGGAACCGGCGAACAGUUCGAGCUCUUAAAGAGCUAUGCAGACAACAAGAUCCCACAUGUCUUUUCUUAAUGGAAACAAAGAGGAAAGAUCAUGAGAUGAAUCGAAUACGUGGAAUGACGGGUUUGGCAAACAUUAUUUCUGUUAGCUGUGACGGAGAUGGUAGUCGGAGAGCGGGAGGUUUGGCUUUGCUUUGGAAGAAUGAUGUGGAUAUUUCUCUUUUGUCGAUGUCCAACAAUCAUAUUGAUUUCAUUGUUACACUAUCAAAUGAUUCGCUUUCUUGGAGAGCCACUAGUGUCUAUGGCUAUCCGGAGCACCACCGGAAGCGUCUUACGUGUGAAUUGUUAGAAACUUUGGCUGGCCUCCAUCCGCAGCCAGCUUGGAUGGUAUUUGGGGAUUUCAAUUUAAUUUUAUCUAAUGAUGAGAAGUACGGUGGCAAUGUCCCUAAUAUUGCAGUACAGGAUAUGUUUAGGGAGUCAUUACAGAAUUGCAAUUUACAUGAUAUGGGGUUUGAGGGGAGCAAAUACACUUGGAGGAAUAAUCAGGAAGGUGAAGAGUUAAUUAUGGAGAGACUUGACAGGUGUUUAAUAACACCCACCUGGCAUGAUCUUUUCUCACAUGCCAAGACUUUUCACAUUGCCCACUUUGCUUCUGACCACCUUCCUCUCCUUAUUGAUACAUGUUCUCGACGUAAGAAUAGAGGGGCAGGAGGCCGGAUCCUAAGGUUUGAAGAGUGCUGGUUACGUGAUGAGGAGUGUCCGGAGGUACUAGCGGAGUUAUGGAAUAGAGGGGCAGUAGAUCCUUAUGACCGUGCCAAUUCUUGUUUAGUUGGCUUGAAGCGGUGGGCUAAAUCCAGAUUUGGAAAUGUCCCUUUGGAGAUAAAAGCCACGAAAGACAGAAUUCAAGAACUACAGGAACAUGUACAUGAAGAUGGGGUGAUUGCUACUCUCAAAUCUUUGGAAGACCGUUUGGAUGAUUUAUUGGAGAGUGAAGAGAUUUGGUGGGCGCAACGAUCACGGGCAAUGUGGCCACAACAAGGGGAUAAAAAUUCCAAGUUUUUCCAUUUGAAAGCUUCACAGCGAAAGGAACGGAAUUGGGUCGAUUCUAUUCAGGAUGAUAUUGGUGUGACACAUGAUAAGGAAGAAGAAAUAGCUACCAUUAUGUCUUCAUUUUUUCAGAACCUGUUUACCUCAUGUGAGCCUAUUGGCGCAGCUGAGACAUGUGAGGUAGUUCACAACCGUGUUUCAGAGGCAAUGUAUGGAUUAUUAGAUGAUGAUUACACUUAUGAGGAGGUAUAUGAAGCACUUAAACAGAUGAAACCAACAGCAGCACCAGGACCUGAUGGCCUUCCAGCUCUCUUUUACCAGAAAUUUUGGCCAGUGAUUGGUGAAGACAUUGCUCAAUUAGUAUUGGAAGUUUUGAAUGGCGGGAUGAGUCCAGAAAGGUUUAAUCAUACUUACCUGUGUCUUAUUCCGGAGGUGAAAUCCCCAAAACACACUAAGGAUUUUCGGCCUAUUUCUUUGUGUAAUGUGAUUUUCAAGUUGAUUACAAAGACGGUGGCAAAUAGAGUAAAAGUUGUGCUUCCUUCUAUUGUGGGUCCCUUCCAAAGUGCUUUUGUACCAGGUAGAUUGAUUACAGACAAUGCUUUAAUAGCUUUUGACUCUUUUCAUUAUAUGAGGAAGCGGAUUACAGGUAAGUCUGGAUUUGUGGGGUUGAAAUUAGAUAUGGCCAAAGCUUAUGACAGGAUCGAAUGGGGUUUCUUACGUACAGUUCUCUCCUCUAUGGGUUUUCCUCAAAGGAUGACUGAUCUUAUCAUGAACUGUGUAUGUACUGCUAGCUUUUCAGUGCUUCUGAAUGGCAGGCCAGGAGUUUCUUUUACAUCUUCUCGGGGUUUGCGUCAGGGGGAUCCAUUAUCUCCAUACCUUUUUAUUUUAUGUGCUGAGGUUCUUUCAGGAUUGCUUUUGCAGGCUCAGGAGAAUCAGGCUAUCCAUGGUAUUCGUAUUGCCCCUCAGGCUCCGGAGGUGUCCCAUCUUUUCUUUGCUGAUGAUAGUAUCUUAUUUUUCCGAGCAACUGAGGAGGAGGUUGAGGUUGUCAAUCAGGUGUUGACUGUCUACCAACAAAUUUCUGGUCAACUUUUGAAUUUAGACAAAUCUGAAAUCUCUUAUAGCCGAAAUGUUCUAGAAGAAAGAAAACAUGCCAUUCAGGAAAGAUUGCAAGUUAAGGCAGUGGAGGUUCAGUCUAAGUAUCUUGGGUUACCAGUGUUUGUUGGGAGAUCAAAAUCCCAGGUCUUCAAUUUCAUUCAGGAGAGAGUAUGGAAGAAAUUAAAAGGUUGGAAGGAAAAAGCUCUCUCUAUGGCAGGUCGUGAGGUAUUGAUUAAAUUUGUGGCUCAAGCAAUCCCAACAUACAUUAUGAGUUGUUUCUCCUUACCUGUGGGUUUGUGUAACCAUAUAGAAAGCAUGAUUAGUAGAUUUUGGUGGGGGAGUAAACAAGGAGAAAGGAAAAUUCAUUGGGUCAAGUGGGAUUCCCUUUGUCAACCAAAGAGAGAUGGCGGAAUGGGUUUUAGAAGUUUCAAGGCUUUUAAUGAUGCUCUCCUUGCCAAACAGGGAUGGAGACUGUCAACUUGUAAAGAUUCUUUGGUGUAUAAAUGUUUAAAAGCAAGAUACUUCCCACGGUCUAACUAUAUUGAUGCAUCGGUUGGCACUUUGGCAAGUUAUACAUGGCGGAGCAUCCAACAAGCGGCAUGGGUGGUGAGGAAGGGAUCCUUUUGGCGAAUUGGGGAUGGGAUGACAGUAAGGAUUUGGGAAGAUAAUUGGUUGCCUACCCAGCAGGGUUUUAAAGUAUGGUCACCUAAACCUAAUGGUUGCAUUACUUCUCAUGUUUAUGAGUUGAUUAAUCAUGCCACGGGUACCUGGGAGUCUGAGUUGAUACAACAAAUAUUUCUCCCGUUUGAGGCCUUGCAGAUUCAGAAUAUUCCUCUGACUUCACGGGGGUGUGAGGACACUAUGGUAUGGGCAGCAACACCUAAGGGAUAUUUCUCAGUCCAGUCAGCAUACCACUGCAUUAGGAGAUGGAAACAUCAGGAAAUUUGCUCCUCUUCAUCAGAGAUAACAGAUGGUGUGUGGCAGCGAUUGUGGAACUUAAAGGUGGUGCCCCGGUUUUCCCACUUCUUAUGGAAGGUGCUAAAAGGUAUUGUCCCGACGAGGCAGCGGUUAUGGAAUAAAGGAGUUCGUUGUCCUCUUUUCUGUCCUCGUUGUGAUCAAGUGGCGGAGUCUGUGGAACAUGCUUUGCGAGAUUGCCCUUGGUCUAGGCGGGUUUGGUUUGCUUCCCCAUUGGGUUUCUCAUGGCCUGCUGAUAUAACCUUGAAUUUUAGUGAGUGGUGUCGUUCUUUGUUGAUGGAUGCGCCUCCGGAGGUGGGCGAGAUUUUUGCCACGAUUUGUUAUCACAUUUGGCGAGCUCGAAACCUUCUGUGCUUUGAGGAGAAAGUUAGCUCUGAACUAAGUGUUGUGGCUCAAGCGAUGGGAACCUUGCGUGCAUAUCAGGAAACGCAACAGCAGAUGAAGCAGCAUAUGGAGGGCCAAUCUGCUAAGUCUCAACAGAAGUGGACAGCGCCAUUGUGUGGGUUGAUGAAGGUUAAUGUCGAUGCUUCUGGUUCUGGCUCGUCAUGGGGGCUGGCGGUUGUGAUUCGGAAUCAUUUUGGCAAUGUUGUGGCUGCUGCAACUAAGUCACUUCAAGCUGGUUUUGGACCUGAAUUUGCUGAGGCGUGUGCUCUGAAAUUUGGAAUUGAAUUUGCUUUAAAUCAUGGUUUUCUUGCAGUAGCGGUAGAGUCUGAUUGCAAAUUGGUGGUCGAUGCUGUUGUGAGAAAUGGCACACAUGGGUCUUAUCAAGAUUUCAUUCUACAAGACAUAGCUGAUUUAAUUUGUAGUUUCCAGAAUUUUUCUGUUGUUCAUGUAGCUGAAGUCAUUACCCAACCGACUCCUCAAGUUAUUUCUCCGGUGGCUCAUUCUUCUAAGGACAAGCCAGUUGUGAUUGAGGACGAUGAUGAUGAUGAUGAGGACGAUAAUGUCAGCCUUGCUGACAAACUUAAGGGCCGAAAAAGGAAGACUAAGCCUGCCGCCUCGGUUAGCCAAAAGAAAGCCAAAGGGACUGGUGCUUCUACAACUAGCAAGGUUUCUACAUUGGUGUCUGAUGCUCAGCCUGAAGGCGAUGGCAAAGAAGGUGGUGGCGACGCCGCUAUUCAGGCUGAUGUCCAUGAGCAUUCCAUUUCCAAUCCUCCAUCCCGUGAAAAUUCUCCAGCUCCCAACCUUGCAAAAUCCAAAGUUGAGGGCGUCGAGAAGCCUCCCAAGGCCGCAUCCUUGGCUAAAAAGACCUCGACAUCUGUGGGAAGGAGGAAGGUUAGGAGAAAAUCUGGUCACAAAUCUCCCCACCGUUCCAAGAGCUCUACCAACUCAAGCCCUUCCAAGGGGUCUACUUGCCAGGAAACUCAAGGUGCAACCUCUCCCAUUCGUGAAGCAGAAGCUCUUCCUGGCAAGGAUGCUAACCCCAUGCCUCCUCCAAAGUCGACUGCCACUUCUAGUGGAGUUGCCAACCUUCAGCAGAUUGAGGAGAGCAUGGGUCGGCUGAAGGCUAUCGUUUUCGACAGCGGAUUCCUCGACCGGAUUCGAGUUGACUCUCAAACGAGUCAUGCUGCUAAGGAAUUGCUUGUCUUCCUGCUUGGUCAAAAGCUUGAUUCACAUCAGGCUGCUGCUCUGGCCAACCAUCAAUCUUUCUUAAUGGAUGCUUUAGCCACUUUUAAUCAAGCCAAGGACGUUGGCCAAGCUGUUAGCCUUAAGGAAGCAAAAGUCUCUUCUGGUAAAGCUCAGGUUGCGGCGAUGAAAGAAGACUUCAAGAAAUUUACUGCUAGGAAGGUUCUAGUUGCAGAUGAAAUUUCUGAUGUCGACACUAAACUUGAGGAGCUGCAUCGAGAGAUUGCCAAGUGGGAGAAGAAACGAGCUGAUUUGGUCGAGGAAGGCCCUGCUGUGAAAGCUCAGUUGGAUGCGCUUACUAAGGAAUCCAAAGCUCUGAUCAUCUCGACAAAAGAGGUUAUCAAGGAUUUGGAGGUUGACCAGGCUGUGAAGAAGGAUCUCGAUGCUAAGAUUGCUACUUUUGCUGACCGCUUGAAUUCUUUUAAAUUUCUGCUUUAA